AUGUUGUCCUUCAUGUUGCUAGUAAAAUACCUAACAUUAGCAUGUUGUGUAACUGCUCUACAGCAUAAUGUUACGAGAAAUACGAUUUUUGCCGAUGAAAGACUACAGGGAGAAAUAUUUGAGAGCGUUGACAUUUUUAGUAAGUUAAGAACAGAUAAUAGAAAUAAUUUAGAUUAUCGCUUACCAAAAACGACCAGGCCUAUUCACUAUAACUUACAAUGGACUAUCAAUAUGUUGGACAUGACAUUUUCUGGGACAGUCGAAAUUCAGCUAACCGCUACUCAGGCCAAUGUUAAUGAAAUAGUAAUUCAUUCCCAUGAAUUGUCGCUAUCAUCGGUUUCUUUGAUGUCCGGCACUACAACCUUACUAACAACUACAACGGAGGAACCAGAUCUACAUUUUCUAAGAGUUAAAUUGACGUCGGGUUCUCUUGAGUAUAAUGCAGAAAAUGUGAUAUUAUAUUCUUUAGUAAUAUCAUUCGAUGCUCCUAUUCGUGAUGAUAUGAACGGCAUCUACAGAAGUUGGUUUCGAAAUAAUUGGAAUGAUCCAACUGUAAGUUGGAUGGUAUCCACACAGUUCGCUGCAACAUCAGCUCGUUUUGCAUUCCCUUGUUACGAUGAACCAAGUUUCAAAGCAACGUUCGAUAUCGUCAUAACCAGACCAAGUAAUUAUAAAAGUUGGUCUAAUACAAGAUUGAUUGACAAAAGAGAUAGUAUAAAUGCGGGAUAUGAAGAAGAUAUAUUUAGCCGAACACCAAUAAUGUCAACAUAUUUACUUGCGUUCGUCGUCGCUGAAUAUGAAAGCUUGCCGACUAACAACAUAAAUGGAAAUUUGAUGUACGAAGUUAUUGGACGCCCAGGUGCAAUAUCUACUGAUCAAGGAACAUAUGCCCUUCAAAUUGGGCAGCAAAUAACAGAAGCCAUGAGUGAGCAUACAGGAAUUGACUUCUUUGGAGUAAGCUCUAAUCUAAAAAUGACUCAUGCUGCUAUUCCUGAUUUUUCGUUCGGCGCAAUGGAAAAUUGGGGCCUCAUAGUUUACAGAGAAGCAUACAUAAUGUAUGACCCAAAUCAUACAAGUGACCACUAUAGACAAUUGAUAGCUUAUCUCCUAGGCCAUGAGAUAGCUCACAUGUGGUAUGGAAAUUUGGUGACUCUUGAGUUUUGGGAUAAUAUGUGGCUCAACGAAGGUUUUGCACAAUACUAUCAAUAUUUUUUAACACAUAUGGUAAAGGAACAUUUAAGGUUAGAUUCAAGAUUUAUUACCGAACAAGUUCAUACUGCUCUUUUAUCUGAUUCAUCGAACAAUCCCCACGCUUUGACUAACCCAAGUGUUGGAAGCCCUGAUUCAGUUUAUGCGAUGUUUUCAACAAUUUCCUACAACAAAGGUGCUGCUAUUAUUCGAAUGACUGAACAUCUUUUGGGAUCAGAUGUACAUCGCCUGGGGUUGCAGAACUAUUUAAAAGACAGAUACUUAGACGUAGCUAUACCAAACCAUCUGUUCCAAGCACUUCAAGCGGUAGCUUAUUCAUCUGGAGCUUUAGAUGCGUAUGGAUCAGACUUUUCGAUAUUCGAGUACUAUAGGAGUUGGACAGAACAAGGCGGUCAUCCUGUACUAUUUGUCGACGUUAAUCACAAAACUGGAGACAUGACAAUUCAACAGCGUCGUUUUAACAUCAACACAGGAUAUUCUAAUGAUAGUAAUUAUAAAUGGAUAAUUCCUAUCACAUUUGCAUCUGCCAGUAAUUCUGAUUUUACAAAUACCAAGCCGAGUCAUAUUAUUAGUCAAGCAGUAACCAUUAUUAACCGUGGCUCAGUUGGUGAUGAGUGGGUCAUCUUUAAUAAACAGCAAACUGGUUUUUAUAGAGUAAAUUACGACGAGUACACUUGGGAUCAGAUUUUGCUGGCCUUAAGAGGAUCAAAUCGAACUUCAAUUCAUGAAUUUAAUAGAGCUCAGAUUGUUGACGAUGUCUUCCAGUUUGCUCGAUCCGGUAUAAUGAGUUAUUCUCGAGCAUUAAAUAUUCUAUCUUUCCUAGAGAAUGAAACUGAAUAUACUCCAUGGGUUGCUGCUAUGACAGGUUUUAAUUGGUUGAGAAACAGACUUGCUGGAACUCGUUAUUUGACACCACUUGAGACACUAAUAGCUCGUUGGGCUACUCCUAUAAUGAAUCAGCUGACCUACGAACCCAUCCAGAACGAAUCGUUCAUGAGGUCGUACCUGAGAUGGCAAUUGGCUCCAGUGAUGUGCGCCAUGAAUGUGCGUGCUUGUCGCGACGCUGCUAACACUCAAUUCCGUGCCUUGGUUGAUACCAAUACAGAAGUGAACAUCAACAGUCGUAACUGGGUGUACUGUAACGGUCUCCGCGAGGGCUCCGAGGCCGACUUCGACUUCCUCUGGCAACGCUACCAGCAACACAAUGUCUACACUGAGAAGAUCCAAAUUCUACAGUUCAUUGGAUGUACACCUCACGCUUCUCGAAUCAAUAUAUUUUUGCGCAAUAUUGUUGAAGAAAAUUUCAUUAUGCGUGAACAAGACUACAACUUAGCAUUCAACAGUGUUCUUACAGGAAAUGAAGAAAACACAUUAGUAGUCUUAGCGUUUAUACAAAACAAUAUGCCCGCUGUAAUUAAAGCUUUCGGGUCUGCAGCUACUCCACUGUCUAAUGUUGCUGCAAGGUUGAGAAGUAUAGCUGAUGUCAAUUCGUUUUUAAUUUGGGUUGAACAGAACAAAGAUCAGAUAGGUGAUGCAUAUUCAGUAGUAGUCGCUAAUGCUGAAUUGACGCGUCAGAGUAUGAUGUGGGUUUCUGAAAUACAAGAUGAUCUAAAUAACUACUUUGUCAACGGCGAUGAUGAUAUUUCAACGUCUACUGCUGCACCAAUCACAAGUCCUAGCACUAUUAUGCCCUCAGAUUUGAUAGAACCAGAGACACCGGAUAUUCCAGAUUCAGCAUGUACCACAUUCUCUCCUAGAUAUUAUAUCCUCAUAACAAUCGCUAGUCGCUGGUUCACACUUCUGUUAGGGUUAGCCCUAACUCAAGGCCUAUUAACUCUUAGUCCUAUACCUGUACCUGAAAAUGAGUGGGAAGAAUUUGCCAGAAUGCUUAGAGACCCAGCGUACCGCCUACCGACUACAACAAUACCUCGUCUCUAUGAAGUUAGAUUAACACCUUACUUCGAUAUCGUUCCCACCCCAAACAUUUCACCAUUCUCAUUCGACGGCGAAGUAUCCAUAUACAUAAGCCCAACUCAGGCUAAUAUUCGAAACAUUGUUAUGCACUGCAAGGACAUGACAAUAAAUUCAGUGAGCGUUGAGUUAAACGGAUCUCCAAUAGCGUUGACCACGAGCAGCUACGCGUGCGAAGAACCCUACAGUUUCCUGAGAAUCGACACAGCUGCAGAUUUACAGCUUAACCAGGAAUAUGUAGUCAAAAUCGAUUUCACUGGUAGAAUACAAAACAAUAUGAGAGGAUUCUAUAGAAGUUGGUAUGUUGACAGCCAGGGCCAAAGAAGAUGGAUGGGCACAACUCAGUUCCAACCUGGACAUGCACGUGAGGCAUUCCCCUGCUACGACGAACCAGGAUUCAAAGCGUACUUCGACAUAACCAUUAUUCGCGAGGAAGGCUUCUCUCCUACCAUCUCCAACAUGCCAAUAAGGAUUACAGAACCUAUUGCUGGUGGAAGAGUCGCAGAGACAUUCCACAGAACGGCUUUGACAUCGACCUACCUUCUUGCGUUCAUUGUGUCUCACUACGUAGUCGUGGCCGAAGGCACCACACCAAAUCGUCCCUUCCAAAUUUACGCAAGAGACAAUGCUGGGAACACAGGUGACUGGUCUCUUGAAAUUGGAGAACUCCUCCUGGCUGAAAUGGAAAAUUACACUCAGUUCCCGUACUACACAAUGGCUGAAAACAUGAAUAUGAAACAGGCAGCUAUUCCCGACUUUUCAGCUGGUGCCAUGGAAAAUUGGGGUCUGCUUACAUACAGAGAAGCUUUUAUUUUAUACGAUCCAGAAAAUUCCAAUCACUUUUACAAACAAAGAGUUGCUAACAUUGUUUCCCAUGAGAUAGCUCACAUGUGGUUCGGAAACUUGGUCACCUGUGCCUGGUGGGAUAAUCUUUGGCUUAAUGAAGGUUUUGCUCGGUUCUACCAAUAUUAUUUAACGAACACAGUUGCACCGGAGCUGGGAUACGAUACACGCUUCAUAGUUGAACAAGUGCAUACCGCUAUGUUGUCUGAUUCUGUUGAUUCUGCUCACGCACUCACGAACCCAAAUGUAAACGACCCCACCAGUGUUACUAAUCACUUUUCGACAAUUACCUAUGCUAGGGGUGCUUCAGUUUUGAGAAUGACACAAUAUUUGCUUGGAGUAGACACUUAUGUGAAAGGUCUUCGUAAAUACCUCCAGUACAGGAAAUUCAAUGUCGCGGAGCCACAUCAUUUGUUUGAAGCUUUAGAUGAAGCAGCUGAUGAAGAUAACGCUUUGGCUAGCUACCCAGGAAUUACAAUUGAGACUUAUCUUAAAUCGUGGUCUGAAAAAGCUGGUCACCCAAUAUUAAGUGUUUCAAUCGACCAAAGGACUGGACGUAUGACCGUGUCACAGGCCCGAUGGGAGCGUGAUACCGGCGUAUCGAGUCAUCCAAGCAUUUGGGACAUUCCUAUAACGUGGACCAGAGCAAACGCUCCUGACUUUGAGAAUUUGAAACCAUCUUUAAUUCUUAGUAGCUCAGCGGGUAUCAUUGAGCGAGGAUCGACCGGAAACGAAUGGGUUAUUUUCAACAAACAGCAAUCAGGAUUCUACAAAAUUAACUACGAUGACACUAACUGGGCUCUUCUGACUAGAGCUUUGAGAGGACCUGAAAGGACUGUGAUCCAUGAACACAAUCGUGCACAGAUUGUCGACGACUUGUUUGUGUUUGCAAGAGCAGGAGUUAAGCCAUACAACAAAGUUUUCAAUAUUCUAUCGUUCUUGGAAUUCGAAGAUGCUUAUGCUCCCUGGAUAGCAGCUAUUACUGGUUUCAAUUUUGCUCUUCGACGAUUAGCUGAUGAUACAACAAAUCUACAAAAGCUUCAGAAUGAAAUAAUUCGACUCAGCGUUGCUGUCACGAAUCGUCUUGGUUACUCCGAAAUCGAUGGAGAGCCUUUCAUGGAUGGAUUAUUACGCAUGUACGUGCUUACAUUCCUGUGCGAUGUUGGACAUCCCCAAUGUGAAGCUGCCGCUAAAGAGAACUUUGCAAAUUGGAGAAAUGGCGGAAAUAUCCCAGCCAACAUGCGUCCUUGGGUGUACUGCAGUGGUCUUCGUCAAGGAGAUGCUGAGGACUUUAAUUUCUUCUGGGAUCGUUACUUGAGGGAACAACUUGCAAGUGAAAUCGUAGUUAUGUUGCAAGCUGGUGGAUGUACCUCGGAUGAAGCAAGUCUGAACACAUUCUUGAAUGCAAUCCUAACAAACGACGAUAUUGUGCGACCUCAAGAUUACACUACGGCUUUAAAUUCAGCCAUAACCGGCAAUGAAUAUAAUACUAUGAGAUUCUUUGAAUGGCUUAAGGCUAAUGUUAACCAAAUAGCAGCAGUACUUGGCAGUGUUCAGAUACCGGUCAGAUAUGUAGCAGCUCGUCUUAUCAAUGAAGAACAAAUUGCCGAGUUCUCAGCUUGGAUUGAGGCGAACCGUGUUUCUAUUGGAGAAGUUGCUUACAAUGAGGGAAUUGUUGGCAUCGCUUCUGCUAGAAGAAACGUGAACUGGUCUGCGAGUCGCAUAUCUGAGUUUUCAUCGUACUUCGAUGUUGGUUAUGUCGAAGAUGUGAUUGAUGAAAUCGUCGACGGUGAAGAGGAUAACGACAAUGAACAAGUCAUUGACCCACCCACGACUACACCAGAAGCAGAUUCUGCUAACGUAGCGGCACUUAGUCCUAUAAGGGUGGUCACCGUUCUGCUGCUCAUCGCUGGGCUGGCUACCGCCGAGCCGGAGGAUUUUCCGUCAGAAUUCGAAUUUAUAGGUUACAGCACUAACUUAGACACACCACAGUACAGACUCCUCGACAAUGUUAGGCCCACGUAUAUGUACGUAGACCUAGACGUGUAUUUAUCUGAGUCCAGAUUUAAUGGCAAUGUACAAAUUGAAGUGGAGGUUCUAGAAACUGUGUCUCAAAUAGUUCUACACCAGAAUGUAUUGUCCAUCACAAGUGUCAGCGUACUCGACGCUAACAACAAUCCCCUCCAGCUGCAAGUACCAAAUGGAUACGAAACUGACAGCUACUAUGAAAUCAUGAAACUCAAUUUCGCAUCGCAAGUAACUGCAGGCAAUUACACCAUUAUCAUAAGCUAUUUGGGACAAAUCAAUGAGAAUCCCCUCGACCGUGGAUUUUAUAAGGGAUACUACUACUAUGGAAACCAAUUGCGUGAAUACGCUACCACACAAUUCCAGCCAUACCAUGCCAGAAAGGCAUUCCCUUGCUUUGACGAGCCACAGUUCAAAAAUCCAUACAUUAUCUCCAUCACACGUGAUGCUAGCCUCAGCGAAUCUUAUUCUAACAUGGCCAUCGGCUCACGGGAGACUAUUGGCACCAACCGCAUUAAGGAGACUUUCCUGCCCACACCAAUUAUAUCCGCUUACCUCAUCGCAUUCCACGUCAGUGACUUCGUCGCUACCAACACCACCAGCACGGUGGCCAAGCCCUUCCAAAUCAUCGCCCGAGAGGGAGUCAACGACCAACAUGAAUACGCCGCGGACGUUGGCUUGAAAAUCACCGACGAGCUCAGCGCAUACUUGGACAAUGAAUUCUACAAUCACGGUCAAGGUCAACCGAUGAAGAAUGACCACAUCGCGUUGCCCGAUUUCCCUUCUGGUGCUAUGGAGAACUGGGGAAUGGUAAAUUACAGAGAGGCUUACCUGCUGUACGACGAGGACAACACGAACAUAGUGAAUAAGAUUUUCAUUGCUAGUAUUAUUGCCCAUGAGAUGGCUCACAAAUGGUUCGGAAACCUCGUCACCUGCUUCUGGUGGAGUAACCUUUGGCUCAAUGAAUCUUUUGCAAGCUUCUUCGAAUACUUCGCUGCUGAUAAAGCUGAUCCUUAUUUGGAGUUAAGUGACUUGUAUGUAAUCGACCAAGUCCAAAGUGCUCUGGCUUCUGACGCCGGUGCUGGGGCCACACCUAUGAACUGGACUGCUGUUUCUAAUAACCCAUCCAUCAAUGCCCACUUCAGCGUUACUAGCUAUGCCAAAGGUUCAUCUGUUUUAAGGAUGAUGGAACAUUUUGUUGGUGACACCACAUUCCGGAAUGCACUACGCUACUAUCUUAGAGACAAUGCUUACGAAAUUGCUUACCCAUUGGACAUGUAUACGGCAUUCCGUCAGGCUGUAGCAGAAGAUGCGUCUUUUGCAACUACCUACCCCGGCAUUGAUGUAGGAGCAGUAUUUGACAGCUGGGUGCAAAAUCCAGGUUCCCCUGUUGUUAAUGUUCAAGUAAAUACUGAGACCGGAGUUAUAACUCUGACGCAGGAACGCUUCCAACUGACGGGCACACCUAACCCCACAACUUGGCAAAUUCCCAUCACCUGGACCCACGGUGGCAAUCCCGAUUUCACCAACUUGAAACCCAGCUUCGUUCUAACCACUACAACCACGCAAGUUCAAAAAGAGGCAAAUGAUGAUUGGGUUAUAUUAAAUUUGGCACAGUCAGGUCUGUAUCGUGUUUACUACGAUGAUGAUAACUACGCGAGACUAGCCCAACAAUUGCGUGAAGACAGAAGUGUGAUCCACAAGCACAGCAGAUCUCAAAUCGUGAACGACGUUCUCUUCUUCAUCCGUGCUGGCAAGAUUUCCAUGGAACGUGCUUUCGAUGUUCUGUCUUUCUUGGCUGAAGAAACAGACUUUUACGUAUGGGCUGGCGCUCUCACGCAGCUCGAUUGGCUUCGCAGACGAUUGGAACAUAUUCCAGUCGUUUACGAGGAAUUCUCUGAAUACCUAAUGGAACUUAUGGAGAAGAGUAUAGAGUAUGUUGGCUACGAUGAAGGAGCAAACGAUUCUGCCUCUCUCAUUCAACACAGAAUGCAAAUUCUGAACUACGCUUGCAAUCUCGGCCACGAAGGUUGCAUCAACGACAGUCUUGAAAAAUGGAACCAGGCCAGGAACAACCCUAAUUAUUUGGUUCCUGUAAAUGCCCGUCGCUACGUCUACUGCACUGGUAUUCGUAACGGUGACGCCGCCGACUACAACUGGCUGUGGCAACGUUACAACACCUCAGAAAAUACCGCAGACAUGGUUGUUAUUCUGCGCACCCUCGCAUGCACCAAAGAUGAAUCUUUGCUCCGACACUAUUUGGAUCAAUCGAUGUACAACGACAGAAUCAGGAUCCACGACAAGACAAAUGCUUGGAGUUUCGCGCUCCAGGGUAACAGGGAGAACCUGCAGGUCGUUCUGAGCUACUUGUAUGAAAAUUACAAUGAAAUAAGAAGGACAUACGGUGGGCAGGACAGACUGGACAAUGCUGUCGGUGCUUUAGCUACCUUCUUAACUGACUUCAAUGACAUAUCCAACUUCCAAACAUGGUUGUACAAUAACCAAAUAGCUAUAGGCAGCUCGUUCUCAAUGGGCCAGGCCGUGAUUACCACCACUUUGAACAACAUCAGGUGGGGUAACGAAGCCGUGGUGGAUCUUAUCACCGCCGUCAGAAGCAGGAAUGGAUCAUCAGCUAUGACCGCCUCCGUCGCAGUCAUUCUAGCAGCGAUGGUCGCCAAACUUUUACAUGACAUUUCUACAGAAAUGUCUAAAAUGAUAAUUAUAUUAGCCUUUGCGCUUCUGUCGCUUACUGUGGCUGAUCAUCCAAUUUGGUUGUCUGAGAUAGAAGAAUUUGAGUCUCAAGAUAAUUUGGUUUCCCAAAAUGCUGAACAAGUGUACCGACUGCCAACUAAUGUGGUACCUUUGGAAUAUGACAUCUACAUAGAUCUUUACUUCGCUGAAGCUACUGACAGACCAUUCAGUUAUGAUGGCAAAGAAAAUAUAAUUAUUGAGGCAACUGAAGAAGGAGUCAAACAAAUUGUUUUGCAUUCCAACGUUGAUCAUAUAAAAGGAGUCAAUGUUUUUGACGAAAACGGUCUACCUCUACGACUUGAUGCUUUCAAUCCCAUAGUUUUAGAGCCAUUGUAUCAUUUUUUGAAAAUAAAUUUAGUAGAAGCACUCGAACUUGGGAAAAAAUAUACUUUAUUCAUAGAAUAUACGAGUACUAUGAAUGACGGUCCAAUGAAACGAGGCAUCUGGAAAGGGUGGUACACAGAUGAAAAUGGCAAUGAGAGGAUAUACGCAACUACUCACUUCCAGCCAUACAGCGCAAGACAAGCUUUCCCAUGUUGGGACGAACCACUGUUUAAGUCGACGUUCAAACUACAUCUUUCGAGACCUAGUGCCUAUUCCGCGACAUUCUCAAACACUGAAAUCGAAAGCUCUGAAAUAUUGGAUAACCGAGUACGUGACAACUUCUACGCGACUCCCAUAAUGUCUUCAUACUUGGUAACGUUCCUGAUUAGUGAGACAUUUACUGUAAUUGCUAGUGACAAUUCCUUUACUCCGGCAAUAAGAAUCAUCGGAAGAUCUAACACUGCUGGUUUGGGAGAUCAUGCUUUAGAAUUAGCUGUUCAAAUGACCAGGUUCUUCGAUGAGUACUUCCAAAUUCCAUAUGCUAGCAUGCACCAACAUUUACUCAAUGACCACAUUUCAUCACCUGAUUGGGCCUCUGCUGGGACUGAAAACUGGGGAAUGGUUAGUUACAGGGAGUUGUAUAUGAUCAUAGACCCUCGUGAAACGCUCAUGUCUAUUGAGCACUACGCCGCUACUCUGGUCUCGCAUGAGCUCGCUCACAAGUGGUUCGGCAACUUGAUCACAUGCUACUGGUGGAGCAACACUUGGAUCAAUGAAGGUUUCGCCAGUUACUUCGGAUAUAUCGCUGCCAAUGAAAUGUUUCCAGAAUAUGAGCUUCACGAACAUUUCAAUUCGCGAUAUCUCCAAAACUCGUUGUCGUUUGACUCGGGUGUUUCGACUGUUCCUCUCAAUCAUGAUGUCAAUACUCCAGCUCAAGUCACCGGCCACUUUGGAACUAUAAGUUACUCUAAAGCUGCUGCUUUCCUUCGUAUGGUUGCUGACAUGUUAACGCCAGAAACUUUCAGAAAAGCCUGUCAAUACUUUUUGACUGACAAUGCCUUUAAAGCUACUGAUCAGUAUGACCUAUACAACGCAUUUGCCAAGGCCGCUGAGGAGGACCAGAGUUUGAGCGAAUACGAAAACUUUGAUUUUGCUGAAUAUUAUCGUAUUUGGGUCAAUGAACCCGGGUAUCCCAUCCUCCAUGUUGAGGUUAACCAUGAAAAUGGUGAAAUAUCGCUUACACAAGAGAGAUUCUUCAUUAGUGCUUCCGCUACACCUACAAACCAAAUUUAUCACAUCCCCAUAACAUAUUCAACGAAAAGUCAACCGACGUUCGACAAUUUAAAACCAACGUACAUGAUGGCUUCUAAAAAUGCCGUACUCAUUAAAUCUCCUGGCGAAGAAUGGGUUAUUUUCAAUCACCAACAGCAUGGUCAUUACAGAGUAAAUUAUGACGAAAGAACUUGGAAUUUAAUAACUGAAGCCUUGCUGGAGGAUCUUGAUGCUAUUCACUAUUUAAACAGAGCUCAAAUUGUCGACGAUGUUUUCGCUUUGAUGAGGUCGGAGCGGAUGACGUAUAAUUUCGGUUUCCAAAUUCUGCGCUUCCUUCGUUAUGAAACCAACUAUCACGUUUGGACUACUGCUAUCACAGGGUACAGCUGGUUGCGUAAUCGACUUAUGCAUCUCCCUGACAGACAAGCAACUUUUGAUGCUUUCGUUCUGAGUUACAUGGAACACGUUAUCGAAACCGUCGGGUUAGACCCCGCUCAAGACGAAACACCAACGAUCAGUAUUUUACGGCAAGAACUCCUUCAUUUCGCGUGCACUAUGAAUUACGAGAGAUGCGUUCAAGAUUCUAGAAAUAAAUUCAUAGCUCUUAGAGAUAAUAACGUUUGGGUUGAUGCUCGCAUUCGUCGUAAUGUCUACGUGGCUGGUAUAAGAGAAGGAGGAGAAGCAGACUUCAAUUUCCUACUGAACCGCUUCCAAACAUCUAACUUUGCUAACGACCAAUUAGAAAUGCUUAGAGGCUUAGCUGCUACAAGAGAUCCAGAAUUGUUGACGAGAUACUUGGAGCUCACUUUAGACAAGAGCGUGAGAUCUCAUGAUAAGGUCAAUUCAUUCAACUAUGCUUUACUUGGCAACCCCGAAAAUGCGUACACAUGCUUACAGUUUGUAAAGAAUAACAUUGCAGCUAUCAGAGAAGCAUACGUGGAAGACGCGCCACCGACUCCAGUGCACGCUGUAUUGUCUAAUCUAGCUGCUUAUCUUGAUGAAGCGGGGCUGGUAGAGUAUGAAGAAUGGCUUCGUAGUACUCAGACUAACACAGCGCAGUUCAAUACAGCAAUUUCUGCGAUAAGCUCAGCUCGCGCCAACAUCGCUUGGGGAAGAGCAAACGCUGACAAUAUCCUGUCUGCUGCGAGGGACAGUGCGACCAGCGUUGUAGCAUCUGCCACUUUGUUGAUAGCAGCUAUCAUUUUUGCUAUGAAAGCGAUGUAAAAUGUUUAUCAGAAAACUGUUAUUAGU